UGUUUACUUUCAUGUGAUUUAUGCUUAAAGAAGUAAAAAGUAACAUUAAUAACGAUAACGUUGUUAUGUUUAAUUCACGCAAAAAGGUCUCCAGAAAUCACUAUUACACCAGGCACAUUCUCAGAUGAAACACUGCUGCAUUUCGUCAACGUCAACAUCAGCCACAACUUGCUUAGCCGGCAAUUUUUAUCAGCUCGUUACGCUUGUUAAUCAAGAGCUGUAAGCGAAUAGAACACGUUAUUUCCUAUCUCUUGUGCCUUUAGUUCAACAAGCGACGUUCAAUCGUGCGGUACAGUGAAGGUUUCAAUCACAAUCAACCAUGAAGCAAGUGUUCCUCGGUCAAAUUGUACAUUCCAAAUCGCUUGAGGAGUUGGAAAUUUACGUUGAUGGUUUCCUUGCAGUCAACGAUGGAAAGAUUGAAGCGAUUGGUGAUCGCUCGCAGCUAUCUUCCCUAUUGCCGGAGGCAGCCGAAUAUGCGAAAGUAGAACUUUCGCCAUCUCAGUUUCUGCUGCCUGGACUGAUCGAUUGCCACAUACAUGCCCCCCAGGUGCCAAAUAUUGGACUAGGGCUGGACAAACCGCUACUCGAGUGGCUCGAGUCUUACACUUUCCCACUGGAAUCAAACUAUCGUGAUGCUGCCUUCGCGGAGCGGGUGUACAAAUACGUGGUGAACAACACGAUUGUCCAUGGGACCACAACCGCGUGCUACUUCGCCUCGCUGUACACUGAAACGAAUAAAAUACUGGUGGACGAAAUGCUACGUCAGGGGCAGCGGGGUUUCGUCGGGAAGGUCUCUUCAAACCGUAUGUGUCCGGACUUUUACAUUGAAUCAUGCACCGAAAAAUCGGUGGAGGACAAUGUGGAUUUCAUCCGGUAUGUGAUGGCCAAGGAAAGCGAUUUGGUACGCCCGAUUGUUACGCCCCGGUUCGCGAUCACUUGCGACGAUAAACUCAUGCGUGCCUUAGCAUCGCUGGCCGAACAGUAUGAGCUUAACGUGCAGACGCACGUUUCGGAAAAUCUCGGUGAGAUUGAAACCGUCAAGCAGCAGUUCCCCAGUGCCCCGCAUUAUGUCGGUGUAUAUGAUGAGGUGGGACUGCUGACUGGGAAAACCGUACUAGCCCACGGGGUUCACCUAGAGGAUGCCGAGCUUGAGAUGCUCUCUGCCCGCGGAACGUCGAUUGCCCACUGUCCUAGCUCUAACACUAACCUCGGGUCGGGAUUUUGUGACGUCCGUCGGUUGCUAGAGGCACGGGUAAAGGUUGGUCUUGGCACGGACGUAUCGGGUGGCAGCGAUAUGUCCAUCCUGGCGGCGAUGCGUGCCGCGCUGGGUGUCUCGCAGCAUCUAAACUUCAUGAAAACGCAAAAUGUUAAAGGAACCGGACGAGUCGAGGGUGGAUCGGAUGGGCAGCAAAAACCCUACACACCGUUCAACUACAAUCAGGUCUUAUAUUUGGCCACUCUUGGAGGCGCGCAAGCACUAGCACUGGAUGCAAAAGUGGGAAACUUUGUAGCAGGCAAACAGUUUGACGCACUGCUGAUCGACACGGAGCCUCAACCGAUUGGUGGAUACCGCUUGCCCGAAGCGUUGACGAAGGAGAAAACUAAAACCCAGCUGCUGCUAGAGCUGGUUCAGAAGUUUGUCUACGUUGGUGACGACAGGAACAUCUUAAAGGUGUUCGUCGCUGGAAAGCAAAUCAAGCAAUAAGCAAUAAGUGUUGUGACUAUUCAUGAUGAUUUUAUAGCCAUAUACUGAUGUCGGUUCACUGUAACAGUUUUUUAAUCGACAAAAAAUAAAAACAACA